AGAAGGUUCCUACCCCUCUUGUCAGGCACAUUAGUGCUGAAGUAGUUCCCAUGGGACCACCACCACCACCUAAACCAAAGCAAAACAAAGACAGCACCUUCAUGGAGAAGCUGCAUGCAGUGGAUGAAGAGCUGGCUUCAAGCCCAGUGUGCAUGGAGUCCUACCAGCCUCUGGAGGACAGCCUCAUUGCCUUCCGCACCCGCUCGAAGAGGCCCCUGAAGGAUGUCCCCCUCGGGCAGCUGGAGGCCGAGCUCCGAGCCCCUGACAUCACCCCUGACAUGUAUGACCCCAACACUGCAGAUGAUGAGGAGUGGAAGAGGUGGCUGGGAGGACUCAUGAAUGAUGAUGUGGAGAAUGAAGAUGAAGCAGAUGAUGAUGAUGACCCUGAGUACAACUUCCUGGAGGACCUGGAUGAACCAGACACGGAAGACUUCAGGAACGAUCGUGCCGUGAGGAUUACCAAGAAGGAAGUGAAUGAGCUGAUGGAGGAGCUGUUUGAGACAUUCCAGGAUGAGAUGGGCUUCUCAAACAUGGAAGAUGAAGGUCCAGAGGAUGAAGAUGCUGUCCCAGAGUCACGACCCAACUUCAAUACCCCCCAGGCACUCAGGUUUGAAGAGCCCUUGGCCAACCUGCUGAACGAGCAGCACCGCACUGUGAAGGAGCAGCUGGAGCAGCUGAAGAUUAAGAAGUCCUCAAUCAAACCCCCACAGGAGCCAGAAAAAUCCAAACCUCAGAAUGAGAAACCUCUCCAGAGCCUGGUUCUGGACAGCAUGCAAAGAAAGAGGCUCCAGCAGCAAAUGCAGCAGCAUGUUCAGCUUCUGACUCAAGUGCAUCUGCUUGCAAGUUCCAACCCUGCUCUAAGUUCAGAGGCCAGCACUACCAGGAUGUUCUUGAGCGAGCUGGGCAGCUUCGCGCGCAGCUCCACGCUGCUGCGCCAGACCUUCAGCCCCAGGUUCCAGACCAUGUUCCAGCCCUGCAACCUGAAGGAGGCUCUGCAGCUCCUGGAGGACUUCCACGCCCAGGUGCAGGUGGACUGGAGCCCUCGCAAGGCCGUGAAGAAGAGCGCCAACGAGUUCCCAUGCUUGCCAAGGCAAGUGGCCUGGAUCCUGGCAACCAGGAGAGUCUUCAUGUACCCAGAGCUGCUGCCAGUGUGCUCCCUGAAAGCAAAUCCUCCCCGGGACAAGAUCAUCUUCACCAAGGCAGAGGACAAUUUGCUGGCUCUGGGUUUGAAACACUUCGAGGGGACAGAGUUCCCCAAGCCUCUGAUCAGCAAAUACCUGCUGCCCACCAAGACUGCUCACCAGCUGACCGUGCGCAUCAAGAACCUCAACAUGAACAGAGCCCCUGACAACAUCAUCAGGUACUACAAGAAGACAAAGCAGUUGCCCAUCCUGUCCCAGUGCUGUGAGGAGAUCCAACCCCAUGAGUGGAAGCCCCCUGUGGAGAGAGAGGAGCACCGCCUGCCCUUCUGGCUGAAGGCAAGCUUGCCCUCCAUCCAAGGGGAGCUGAAGCAGUUAGCAGAAGAUGCCAGGGAGAUGCCAAGUUCACCUGCUGCAGAAUCUGCCUUUCUGGGGACAGGAAAGGAAACUCCAGAGGCAGACUACGACAAGAAGUAUCCCCUGCUGGUGCCGAAGGGCCUGGUGCUGACCCUGAAGCCCCUCGCCAACAGGUUCUCCAGGAAGGCCUGGAGGAGGCAGAGAUCCUCAGCUCUGAAGCCUCUCCUCAUUCGACCAAGCCCUUGUCUGCAGCCCAGUUCCAACCCCCUCAGCAUGCAGAAGGCUGUGAAGCUGGCCCAGGCUGAGGCUGCUCCCAGCAAAGUGAUGGUUCAGCUGCCUCGGCUCAUCCAGCCGGCGCCAGCGGCGCAGCCCCCGCCGGGCGCGCAGCCCCUGGGCGUCCCAGCGGCGCCGGGGGGUGGGGACGGUCUGGAGCUCCAGAAUGUGCUCUCCACUUCCCAUGCAGACUGCAGGCAAAGCUUCCCAGCUGCUGUGCCAGCAGCUCUGCUCUCCUCCAGCCCGGUCCCUCUGCAGCCCAAGCUGCUGGUGCCGGCGCUGGCCGGGGCCAGGGCGCGCAGAGCCUCCGGCCGCAAGGGAUACCAGAGGAGAAAGGGCACCAAGCCUGCCCCAGCUGUGAAGACUUCAGCCUUGAUCCAGCCCUCUCCUGUCAUCCUCACGGUGCCUGCCACCACGGUGAAGGUGCUUAACAUAGGCAAUGGCUGCAACGUGAUCCAGCCCCUGGGGGCAGCAGUGGGGAGAGGCCCUCAGGCGAUUCCGGUUACAACCCUGCUGGUCAACCCUUCCGCCUUCCCCUGCCCCCUGAAUCCACCCCUGGUCACCUCUUCCAUUCCCUCCCUGAUAGUCUCCCCUAACCCUGUAGGUCUCUCAGCAUCAUCUGUUGGUGACAGUGAAGAGCAGCUGACUCUGGCUCCUUCCUGCCCUGCUGGCAGCAGCAAGAGCAGCUACCCCACGGUGGAGCCCAAGGCCGAAGCUCCAGAGCUGUUUGUGUCCUGCUCUGCUGUGUCCCCCAAGGAGGAGAGUGGUGCAAAUCCUGCCCCUGCAAGCAGUGGCAGUCAGGAGAAGGGCAGUAAGGGUGACUGCUGUAGCUGGGCAGUGGUAGAAGGAGAAGAGACCACUCCAGAGCCUCUGGCAGUGAACCUUUUGCCUCAUUUGGAAGACGCAGAGGAAGCAGUGAAAGCUGAGCCUGAGGAUGCCAAUGAUGCUGGCAAGGAGGCAAAUCCAGGGCAGAAGAGAGACCUUUUAUGUGCUGAGGUGAAGGAGGAGUUCAUGUUGGACCUUGGGCAGGAGCUGAACAUGGAAGCUGCGUGCUCCUGCCCAGGGGAGGUGAAGGAGAUGAAGAAGGAGCAGCACCCAGGGGCUGAGGAGAAGGGAGGAGAACAAGAAGGAGCCUCGAGGUCAUCCCCUGGUGGUGAGCAGCAGCUGGCUGCAGAUGUGGCUGCUGGGCCCCAAGCAAGCAGUGAGUCUCCAAAGAAUCUUCCUGGUGCAGCAGAUCCUGAGGCAGACUUCAGCAGCCCAGCAGGGAGGCCUGAGGAUUCAUCCAGCACAGAUGGCAAGUCUGUUGGGACCCCAGCUGGCCCUGAGGCUGGAGGAGAGAAGGAAGGACAGGAGGAGGAGGAAGAAGAUGACUUUGAUGAUUUCACACAAGAUGAGGAUGAGGAAAUGUCCUCAGCCUCUGAGGAAUCCAUUCUCUCAGUGCCAGAGCUGCAGGAGACAAUGGAGAAGCUGACCUGGCUUGCCACAGAGAGAAGGUUGAGCCAGGAAGGGGAUUCUGAAGAAGAGAAUUCCCAGGAAGAGAACUCUGAGCCUGAGGAAGAGGAGGAGGAGGAAGGGGAAGGAAUAGAGAGUCUGCAGAAGGAUGAUGAAACCUGUGGGGAUGUCUCAGAGGAGCCCAAGUCUGCCUCCACGCUGGCAAAGGCCACCCCGCAGGUGGCAGCCCACAGGGUGCCAGCAGGAGCAAACCUGAAAGCCCCUGGGAAGAGCAGGAGGUCUCUCAGGACCAGAAAUAGGAGGGGCAGAGCUCGUGCCAGCAAAGAUACCUCCAAGCUGCUGCUCCUGUAUGAUGAAGACAUCCUGGAGAGAGACCCCCUGAGGGAGCAGAAGGAUCUGGCAUUUGCCCAGGCCUACCUGAGCAGGGUGCGGGAGGCCCUGCAGCACAUCCCCGGCCGCUACGAGGACUUCCUGAGAGUCAUCUACGAGUUCCAGGGCAGCAGGGACAGGAGGACAGCUGUGGACCUCUACUCCACCCUGCAGAGCCUGCUGCAGGACUGGCCCCAGCUGCUCACAGACUUUGCUGCCUUCCUGCUGCCAGAGCAGGCUCUGGAGUGUGGCCUGCUGAAGACCCAGAUGUGGCAGCUGCUGAAGGGCCAUGACCACCUGCAGGAUGAGUUCUCCAUCUUCUUUGACCACCUGAGGCCCUCAGCCAGCCGCCUGGGGGACUUUGAGGAGAUCAACUGGACAGAGGAGAAGGAAUAUGAGUUUGAUGGCUUUGAGGAGGUGUCCCUGCCAGAUGUGGAAGAGGAGGAGGAACCACCCAAGAUGCCUGCAGCCUCCAAGAAUAAGAAGAGGAAAGAGAUUGGAGGGCAGAGCAAUGACAAGGAGGCAGAGUGGGUGGAGGGGAUGAAGGAAUGUUCCUGCUCCUGCCACGAGGGCAGCAGCGACCUCAAGCUGAAGAAAAGCAAGAGGAGGAGCUGCAGCCACUGCAGCAGCAAGGUAUGUGAUAACAAGUUUUAUAAGAACAAAGACUCCCCAGAGCUGGGGGCAAGCCUUGUGCCCCCAGAGUCAAGUCCUCAUCCUGAAGGGAAGGAGCCUGGAAUGGGUAAAGGACCUGCAGAGGAAAGCCUGGAGAGCAGAGAGGAGGGAGAGGAGGUGCAGAGCAGAGCAAAAAGCAGCUCCAGGAGAGCAGAGUCCCUGGCUUCAGGAUCUCCCCUGGAGGCCAGGAUUGGCCCCACCAGAGAUGCCCCUCCUGAGACAGCUUCCCUGCCUGAGACCCAGGCCCCAGAGGCAGCUGUGGCUGCUGCUGCCACUCCUGAGGAGGACACUGAGCCUUCUGCCACAGGCCCCAGAGGGACACAGCUACAAAGAGCUACUCUCAAACUACCUCAAGAAACCAAAGACUGCCCUUGCCCUGGGGGGGCUGAGAGUGAGGGCUUAAAGCAGCAACAGAGGAAUGCAGCUGCCCCCCUUGGGCUGAGCAGGGACCUGCUGCUGGCUUCUCACCCUGCUGCAGUGAAAGGUUUGGCAGGACCCAGACCCUCUCCUGGAAGGAGUUUGUGUCAGACUGAAGGGCUUCCUGCUGAGUCCUCAGAGAAGCCUGCUGCAAAAUCAGCUGUGACAGACCUUGGGGAACCACCUCUGGCUCUGGAAGGAAAACCUGCAGCCAAGCAGGGCUGGGUAGCCCUGGGCAGAAAAGCAGCACAGGGCAAGGGCUGCAGCCCCCAGCCCCCUGCUGGCUGCAUUCUGGGCACAGAGGAGCCAGGCUGCACUGGAAAGCCUCCUGAGGACAGAUCCAAGUCAAAUGCAAGCAAGGGCUUCCAGGGGCAGCAGCAGCACUGUGAGCAGCUGCAGUUCAGAGGGGUCUCUGCCUGCCUGGGCCAGAAGGAGGAGGAGCAGCAGCAGCAGCAGCGAGUCACAGAGGCCACUGUGUGUGCCAAGAACAGCAAAGUCAGCUCCACUGGGGAGAAGGUUGUCCUCUGGACCAGGGAGGCUGACAGAGUCAUCCUCACCACCUGUCAGGAGAAAGGAGCCCACCUGGAGACCUUCCAGGCCAUCUCCCAGAAACUGGGCAACAAGACUGCCAGUGAGGUCUCCCACAGGUUCAGGGAACUGAUGAGGCUGUUUCACACAUCCUGUGAUGGGAGCUCUGAAGAUGAGGAGGAUGCAACCAGUACCAGCAACACAGACCAGCUGUCAGACAAAGACCUUCUGCUCUCUGAGGAGGAGCCUGAUGACUGAGGGGCAGCUGCCUAAGCCACUGCCUGCCUGAGGAGAGCUGUUUGCUGCUAGCCAGGUGCUGUUUGCACAGGUCCUGCACUUUGGUGGUGUUUGCUUUCCUGCUACACC